AUGUGUCUCUUCUUCUCUUUUCACAUUGUCCCACUGAAUUUUAUACUCUGUUUCAAUGCCAUUGGCUUUUUGGUGUGCAUUCCGGUAACUGCAAUCGUCCAAAAAACAAAGACAAUACAUGCUCGUUUCAGUACAUUUUCUUUCUCCGCUACUACAACGCCUGCGCACGAAACAGAAUGCGUCUGGCGACCAAUAUCACGAAACAUUCAUUAGCGGCCAAGUUUCAAACCGAGGAGAACGUGCGCUCUAUGGAUGUGAGCUUCGAUCGAUUGGAAUCACUUCUUCUUCUUCUUCUUUCAGGUGGCUUCUCGUUUGGCAAUUGUUGCCGGAGGGUUCGAUGCGCUCUUCCUUCUGGUUAUUGUUCUGGCAACUGCUGGAGUGCCGAGAGCUGAAUUCUUUUGUCAAGCCACCGAAAUUUUGUUAUUUCUGUGAGUUCAUUAAGAAUUCGAGAGGACUGAAUGUAGGCGAGGUCAUUUCCCAGAACCAGAUUUUCUUACCAUUCAUGAUGUUGACUCUUCAUUAGUUUUGAGUUUAUCCAUGUUUCCAGGAACCCCCUCUUUAUCGUGAUUGGUUUGGUGUUUGCGGUGGACGAUUGGAGGAAGAAGUUUCUGGAGUAUCUGCCAAUCAGUCGGUUCCGCAUAGAUCCCAAUCAUAAUCCGUAUUUGGCGAGGAACAAUCGAGAGACGGCGGCUCAGAUUCACUUCUCGGAAUUGCAAAGCUUGUGGAUCUGAAAUCGAAACUCGGAACCCAAUAAACUUUUGUCAACUCAAUUCGUUUUCCCUUUUUUCUUGCAGAAAAUCUCUUUAGUUGCGAAUCUGUUCCACACGCGUGGUCCGUGAUUUGUGUGCGCCGAGUUUUGUCGGUGAGGUGGUCACUGAACUUUGCGUCCUUUUUUCAUCUCUGCGUCUUAGGUGAAAAAAUGAAAAUAAAAGCGGCGCUCAGCGUAUGGGUAUGUUAUCAUCAAGAUGAUUAUGCCCCGAAAGAUGGUAAAGAUUUCAUCGCGCACGGGAAUCGAACCCCGACCCGCCGAUUGCUGGCCGACGCUGCAAGCCGUAAGGCCACGGCUGCAUAAGAGAGAGUCGUCGCAAAGGGGGUAGACAACACUGCGGGCGGUGGUGAGCGAGAGUGGAAACUCGCUGUGGUUGUCUGAUGAUGCGGCACAAAAGUUUCACGUUUUCCAUAUUGUCGCUUCCGAGCUUUCCGACAGUCAUUUUGUUUGUUCGUUCCAUUCGACUUGUGAUACCUGACACGUCUCCUUUUUCUUCUUCGUCUCCUCCCCUUUUUCUUGUUUCUAGUCUCCGCUUCUCCGCUGAUUUAGUGUUCAAUCACAAAUGAAUAAGUUAUGUGGAAGACGAGAAAAAUGAUGACAGAGAGAAAGAUGGACAGAACAGAGCGAACAGAGGACCAGAUGGACGUGGCGCCCGUCUUCUUCUUCUUCUCUUCGUCGUUCUUCUUCCGCUUCUCCAGAUUCACCAUUUGGCCGAUGACGAUUGCAGAUUACUGCGUGUGAAACUUGUUAUGAAUGUGAUGAAUCUUUCAGAAUCUUUACUUUUCCUGAAUUCCCACCUCGUUUGCUAUCCUCUUGCUUCCCCACUUGGCCCUGAACAGGCGAAGCCGAGAUUUGGUUACCAUGGAGAGAAGAUUCUGCCAGGGAGCAUACAUGUGUGCUUUGUAUUUUGAUUCCUCCGAAUGUUGUAUGUUCAAGUAUGGUGCUGGGGACAUAGAGUUCCGUGGAGUCACAGAGUAGUCAGAUACGAAAUGAUGACUGUUCAUUCUCUGUGUGUGGUCUGUUGAAGAUCACCUUUUCCUCGAUCGAAACAAGGUGGUUUCCCUUUCGACGCCUGCGUUUCCGCCUCUCUUUUCACCUCAAACAUUCAUUUCUCUUCCUCCCGGAGACCGCUCUCGGCACUCUAUUGUUUGCCGAAGCGUCGAGUUCACAUUUUCCAUCAUCUCUUCAGGUAGAAAUGCAACUUUCGCAACAUUUCGCCACACAUUACGGUCUCUCUUCUGAUUUGAUAACACUUUCAAAUAUUCCGGUGCCCUGUGAAUGGCUGCGUAACUGAUAAGAGACCGAAAAAAGAGGAGGAGAGCAGAGAGAAACAGACAAACGGCAGCAUUUGUCAUCAUUUUCUUUUUCUGCGUGUUACCAUGGCUGCUUUCGUACACUUUCUUCUUGGUUUGAAGGUGUUGAGCAGGAAAGCCAAGACUAUCGGAUUACUUCGGAAUUCUCGGCUUUUGCCCCAUUCCAACAACACAUUUUCCAUCAUUUCCGUCUUCUUUCCUAUGCCCUUCUUACAGCAACGAGUACAAUAUUCUGUUCUCUUUCACUCUCUGCGCAUCUUUGCGUUUUCUGGUCACCCGAAACCGAAACAAAAUGGGAAAAUAAUAGUGGAGGCUUGAAAUUUCCCGCGUUUUCCCUCUUUUUCCCUUCGAAAUUCACUUUCACAACCGUAUAAAAAACGGUACUUCUACCCAAUCCACUCAUCUCAGUUGCCCGUAGAGAUAUGCAAAGUGACAAACUGAAAAAUGAACGCACAAAAUGAACGUUGACAACUUUUUGAUAUCUUCGCAUGCUACCACUUGAUUGUCUCCCAAUCGAACUCUUCCAGCACACAGUUCAACUUGCCCGUGUUCCUGAAGAUGCCGACCGACACCCACUUCUCGCUGACUCCCUCCUCUUCGGUUUCCUCGCCGUCCACUUCGGACCCUCCGUCUCCGCCGUCCGCCAAAUGUCUCGUUUGUGGAAUGCCCUCACGUGGCAACCACUUCGGAGUCCUCUCCUGCAGAGCUUGUGCCGCCUUCUUUCGGUAAUCAUACAAUAUCUUGUCACAGAGACCUUCAAGUACCUUUCCAGACGGUCAUGGGUCCAGAAGAAAGAGUACAAGUGUCGGCAGCGGAACGUCGGAAAGUGCGACGUUUCGGGCAAUGACAGGUGAGGUCCUGUCCUUCGAAGCGACGAGAAUCGGCUGACACGUUGCGUUUUCAGAUAUCAGUGCAGAGCGUGUCGGCUGAAAAAGUGCAAGGAAUUGGGAAUGACACCGGAAAGUGAGUUGCGAAAUGCAUUUGCACAUAGGCUUUGCGUCAUUUCUCUGAUCACAAGUACCGGAGUUUGUGACUGUCCUUCCAGAUGUGCAAUUGGAUCGAAAUUCCGAAUCGUUUGACGAUAUUUCGCCUGAUGGAUCGUUCAGUUUGGCUCUGGAGCCAGUGCAGAAUUCACAUCUGUACCAGAGCCUGAAGAAUCCAAAAAUUCUGAUCGAUGUCACACCGACCCUCAACAAACUGAAGACGAUUCUGGCCAGUGUGAGUCUGUCUCUUCAAUUUCUUAACUUUUCGGUUUCGGCUGAAAAAUCGCUCCAUUUUUAGUCGAUGCCGCCACUGAUAAACGCCGAUUAUUUCAAACUGAAUACUCUGGAACGGAUGCGCUUUGCACUGUGGAACUAUCGUUCGGAACGAAAGUUUGGAGACUUGAAGUUUGAAAAAGUGAUAGUGGUGGAGAUUCCGAACAAAAAAAUGGGAGAACGAUUUGGUGAGAAUAGCCAACUGGCUGUUGCACUCUGAACAUUUCCGAUGUCUGCCGCUCGAGGAGAAGGUCUGUUUUCUCUUCGUUUCGACUCCCUUUUCAUUGAAAAAGGUCGUUUCAGAUGGCAAUAUUCAAAAAGAUUUGGAUGAGAUGGCGCAAGUUUGAGAAAUGGUUGAUAUCAGUGGACACAUUCGGUCAUAAAGUGUACAAAGAAAAUGUAAGUUUGAGAUUCAGAUGACUUGAAAAUGAAAGCAUUUUUUAGGUGAUAGUGUGCUCGAAUUACAACGCAGCAAACCUGAAUAAAGUGCAGAUUGACUACUCGAACAUCACGGACAGACCGAACGAGGAAAUGAAUCAGUCUGUCGAAAAAGUCCUAAUAUGAGUUUCCAUCCAAACCUUUUCCAGACUGUUCGGUAAGCAAUUGAGGCGAAUGCAGCGGGAAGUGGCCAAGCCGCUGGCCGAACUUUCCCCGUCCACCAUCGAAAUGACCUACAUGCUCUGUCAAUUGGUUUGGAACAGCUUAGGUUCGAAUACUCACUCUUCUCAAUAUCAUCGAUCCUAAUGUUUUUGCAGAAACCGAACUGGACAAGUACUCGGCGGACGUUGGAGAAGCGUUCCUCAACGAGAUAUCCGAGAAUCUGCACGAGCAUUACGUGCAGAGCAACAUCCAAAACUACGCAUGGCGCCUCCAGAAACUCAUGAAAAUCGUGAACAACGUGAAGGAGAUCGAGCGGGAACGCGAAGAAAUGAUGAAACUUUGCGAGCUGUUCGACGUCUUCAAAAUCAGACUCUCCGAUAAAGAUCUCUUCAUCUGCUAG